AUGCCUGGAGAAUACAUGAAGCUGUGGCUCGCCGAGAACGAGUUCUUAUGCGUGAGAGAGGGGAGAGGGGGCACAUUUGCCUUCGGUCCUUCGUUGGAGAAUGGUCUUGUAGACAUCCACAUACCUGAAGGAGGGCUGAUAGGCCUCCAGUUCUGCCACACCUGCGUCGGUCUAUUUCUGCGACUGGACAAAGACCGCUCGUUCGUCGCUCACAUCAAUGGCUGGAGCUUAGCUGCACCACCACUCCCACACAACUUCAUCGAGGGAGCAGCAGCUGACCGAAUGCGCGAGGAAAUAUUUGGCACACUCCAGAUAGAGGCAAAGCAAAUGGAGUGGGACAUCGCGGAUGAGUACUUCGCCGAAACUGUUGUCGUGUGCUGCCCUCACCCAAGAUUGGCGUCCGAGGAUGGGAAGAAGAUGGAUGUUGCAGGAUCGUAUGUCAUAAAAGGACUCCGAGACUUCCUCCACGCGCAGGCGGAAACACUGCGCACAGCGGCCGAUGAGUGGUAUGAGGAGGCCGUUGAACUCGUCCAAGAGGCCGGAGCAAAAGUGGAGAACGAAGACUUGCGCAAAGAUGUGGCCAAAGCUGACUGUGAGUUGCAGCGAUCGAACCACCUAAGUAGCAGGGCCACCAGCCUCACCCAGAACGCACGUUUUGCGGUCCAAAGACAGCAACAUGGCUUCAUCAUUGAGCACAAGGACGGAGAAGUAGCGGUCGUGAAAGACAUCGCGGGCUAUCCCAUCACAGGUCCGGGAGGUCUCAGGCACGCCGAGGACCAUGGCGUUUACUGGCGGAGGGAGUUGGGGUGGGUCGAGGGUUUCAUCUCCCAGAAGUGGCAGUUCAGCGAUAAAGACGACCAAGAUUUUUAUGAGUCCAAGAGGCAGGAACUCAGCAGAAAAAACAUACCUGUCUGGCAAUUGACUGGGCGAACGAGUGAUGCUUCAGAGGAUUCCAUGAUUAUCGGCCUGAGCGACGAUGAAGACCUGAAAUGGGAGCCGCGAGGUCAGCAAUAG